GACAUCAUUUCAUAUUACUAAUGUUAGGUUAUGUGAGCCACUUCAAAAUUGUUGUUCAAAAAUGAACUAAAUGCAAGAAGUGCAUUGAAAAAUGUUACCUACUAAAGGGUACUUUCAAGAUAUCGAGUGUCCCUAUUUAGAAACAGGAUGUGGUCGGCCAUAUUGUCAUUUUCGUCACAGAAAGAAGUUAAAUGAAGAAAACAUCAACGAACCGGACAAAGAUGAUAUUCCAACGGUACCCACAUAUAAGCCCACUCCUAAAAGUGAACUAGCUAACAUAAAUAAAAGUCACAUACCGAUAAGUUAUGUGCCUGAUUUGGCAUUUAGACCAGAUCGAACAACAAGACCUAUACCAAAGUUUGAUAAGCCGACAUACAAACCCACACCACUUAGUAUCUUGUCAAGUGCAUCUAAAUCGACAACUACAUAUUUGGAGGAAAACGGUGACAAUGAUGCUAUUAAGGAAAUAAAAGAAAAUCUUGCCAGUAAUGAAUACAAUCCAUUGCUUUCGUUAAACAAUGAACCAAUCGAUUUUGAAGAAUUAAACACUGAAUUUCAAUUAAUAGGAGAACUUCUCAGUGAUAGUGAGGAACAAUCGAAUAAGGUUGAUCCAGGGGUCACAACAGAUGAAUCUCAAAAGGUUACUGCACAGAAUGAAGAUUUGAAAGGUACAUCUAACAAAAAAAUAGUGAAAAGUGAUACAUCAGAUAAACAAAGUGAUAAAAAGUCUAGUGAUAGAACUUCUGAAAAACAUUCAGAUAAACAUUCUGAGAAAUCACAUAAACAUUCAAGUAGUGAUCACGGCAAGAGUAGUGAUAAACAUCGAAGUAAAAGCAGCAGUCAUAAAAAAGAAAAAGGGAAGGACAGUGAAAAGACUAAAGAAAAGGAGGAAAAAUGUAAAGAAAAAGAUGAAAAAUCCAAGGAUAAAGAUGAUAAGUCUAAAGACAGACACAACAGACAUGAAAAAUCAUGUAAGGUCAACAGCAGUCGAGAUAAACAUAAAAGUGAUGAGAAAAAGGACUGCAAGGAUAAAGAAAAACAUUCUAGUCACAAAGAUAAACACAAAAGCCAUGAUAAAAGUUCGGAAAAGAGUAGAGAUAAAAGUGAAAGGAGUAGUGAUCACAGGGAUCACAGAGACAGGGAUAAAAAGAGAGAGAAAUCGUCAAGUUCAAAAUAUGAUAAAUCAAAACAUGAUAAGGAAAGAAAUCAUGACAAUGAAAAAUCAAAAAGCAAGAACAAUUCUAGCAAAAAAUGCACAACUACUGAGCAAAAAAAGAAUGAGGAAAGUGAUGAGGACAAUGUCCCAGAGUUAGAAGGUUUUCAAAUGGAUGACAUUGAAUUAGAUGAGGAUGAAACAAUGAUGGAAUGCUAUAAAAUAUUUAGUGAAUAUAAACCAGAACCUGUGACCACAAAAUUACCCUCACCACCUCCCCAACCAAGUGGUGACGUUGAUCUGGAAGAAAUAUUUACAGGUAAGAAACGCGUUGCGCAUUCCAAUGCGGAGUCUUCAAUAACACAAUCAAAGACACUGAGUACUUCUAAACCAAAGAAUGUGCUAACGCCGGGACAAAUGUUACUAGAUCGAUUUAAAAUAGCAAGGUCUAUGCAAGCAAAUAGAGAGCAAGAAAACUUAAUGACUGAAGUGAAACAACCCACCACUUUAAAACGACCAGCUCCUACGUUACUGGAGGCCGCGAGGCAACAUAAAAUCAAAAAACUUAAAGCGCAUAACGCAGGCCCCAGUACAAGUCUGGUGGAUGACAUAAUAAAUGGCACAGCAUCUGCAACACCAACAGUAAAACCAGUUGUCUCAAGGAAAAUUGCCCCUGUACAAAACUUCCAGUCGUAUCAGAAGGCGAAGGAACGAGUUGAAAUUGCAAAACAGAAAACAAUCAAUGUUGCACACAAAACUGUGGCUCAAACUCAAAAAAGUGGUAGGGUGGCACACGUUCCUGACUUCAAUUUGUCCAACAUACCAGAUGUGCUGCACGCAGACAAAUCGAAAUUACCUGUUAAUGUGCGCACGAGAUUUCUAACGAUGUUAGCUGAUGAAUGUGUCAAAUUAUAUUUAACAAAAGAUUCAGCAUAUCAAAGAGCUCUGAACGAGGAGUACAGUUGUUACGAAAAAUGUAAAGUUGUGGCAACUUAUCGAAAUUCAGCCAUGCUUGCUGUAAAUAGAUUGCGCAAAGAAGUACAGGAGAGGGAAAAGACUGGAUUGGGUCCAAUUGAUGGUGACGGAGAUACAGGCGCUUCAGGAUCUGAAUUCUCUGGCAAAAGAUUUUACAAUAACGUAAAGAAGUGGCUCCUAUCUGAAGAAGAAUUGGACAUACACGGUUACCCGAGAGAGAGUUCGCAUCCGGGUAGGGCAUAUAUUAAAAAUCGAAGGGACACAGUGGACACGUCGUUGGAUGGGAACCAGAGAAGGUGCGCUCGUUGCGGCAAAAUAUACGCGGUGGACGAUGAUGGCUGGCCAUUGUUCGACGAAGAGUGCAUGUAUCAUCCUUUGAGGAAACGGACUAUUCGCGGUGAACAAACUUAUCUGUGCUGCCGGGUUACCGACGAUGCGGGGUGCGUCACAUCCGACACACACGUCUCUGAAUCGGUAAACAAUUUCGAGCUCGAGGGGUACAUGACAACAAUGGACCCGGAAGAAGAAAACGACCCCAGAAGCUUUGCCGUUUACGCGUUGGACUGUGAAAUGUGCUACACGACUAAAGGACUCGAACUGACGAGAGUAACAAUAAUUGAUACGGAGUGCAAGACUGUAUAUGAAUCUUUGGUGAAACCUCUAAAUCCUAUAAUCGACUAUAAUACUCGGUUUUCUGGGAUUACAAAAGAUCAGAUGGACAGAACUAGUACAAGUAUUUUACAAAUACAAGCCAAUAUUCUCCAUUUGUGUAACUCGAAGACUAUUUUAGUUGGACACAGUUUAGAAUCGGACAUGAAAGCGUUAAAAAUAGUACACAGUACUAUUAUUGAUACGGCUGUUUUGUUUCCUCAUAAAAUGGGUUUACCGCACAAAAGAGCACUUAAGGCGUUGGCCAGUGAAUAUCUUAGAAAAAUAAUACAAAAUGAUGUUGGGGGCCACGACAGUGCUGAAGAUGCGGUCACCUGUAUGGAAUUAAUUAAGUGGAAACUGAGAGAAGAAUUAAAAACCCGUGGCAAAUGAAAGAGAUUGUAAUAAUCGAUAUUAUUUUUGUACGAGUAUUAUUUAUUAAUAAGUGUAUAUAAUAAGUAUUGUCUAGGUGUUUAACUAAACUAAUUUAUUGUAAAUUUUUUAUCCGAACGGUAAAUGUUUUCUUUAAUAAAAAAUAUUUAAGUUAAA